AACAUUGAGGGGGUAGCUACAGUGCGGGCUAGACCAUGGACCGUCGAAGCUUGUAAAUUGUAACGAUGGCAACUGGCAAACACCUGAGACUCUGAGAGGCUGAAAGCUUCCCACUCCCCAGCUAACCCUAACUACUCGUCGUCCCCGAAACGUGUGACCUAGCAAUUCAUUUAUCCACCAAAAUCCUUCAGAGAUAGGAUUAGCAAAAGGAAAUGGCAAUAUCGGGAGAUCUCCGGGUCUCUGCUGCACUGGGUCGGUAUCCGAACAACUCAAUUCGGAGCUCAAAGCAUCAUCCUUCCCCUUCCAAGGUAGACUUUAGUGUCUUCCUUAAUGGCGGUUCUAAUGCUUCCGAGCUUGUGUUUAGAGGGUCACGCGCAGCACCUGAUGGACAUAAUUUGCAAUGUCACGCCAAAAAGCCCAUUGGGGUCCUUGGGGAUUACAAGCUGUCCUCGAAUUUCAUGGGCCAAGAGUUCGACAGCUUCCUUCUUAAUGCUAUCAACAUGAGCUUUUUCGAGCGCCUAAGCUUGGCUUGGAAGAUAAUGUUCCCACCAUCGCUGUCAAGAAGGAAUUCCAAUGCAAACAUUGCCAAACAGCGGUUGAAGAUGAUCCUCUUCUCCGAUCGAUGUGCAGUGAGCGACGAGGCCAAGCAGAAGAUAGUCAGCAACAUUGUGAGUGUCCUCUCCGAUUUCGUGGAGAUAGAAUCGCAGGAUAAAGUUCAGCUGAGUGUCUCCACAGACCCCGACCUCGGGACUAUCUACUCUGUCACGGUCCCUGUUCGGCGCGUACGAUCAGAGUACCAAUUGGAUGAUCCAACCGGAACAAUCACAAAUGUUGAGUACAAAGAUACUGGAGAAGACUCUGGUUCUGUCGAUGUCAAGUUUGAUUUCUACAUUCCUGGGUAGAAUUUAGAAGAGCUCAAUGAUUGCCAAUCUGGGCGGGAAGAAGGAAUGCUUGUUUGUCAAUCACAAGUUUUUAUUUUCAUUUCAUAUUUUCCUUCAGCAUGGCAACUGGCUACUGCUAUUCUUGUGUUUUCCAUCUUGUGGGAUGAGUUAAUUAGGUUUGUAUAUAUAAUAUUUUUUUUUCUACCAGUGUUUAAAAGUGUUGCUUUUAGUACCAUACUGCCUUUCCUCACAAGAAUGGUAUGCCAAUCAAGACAUUACUAUAGUUAGGAUUGCUUGG